AUGAAGACUGAGAGGCCACGGCCCAACACCUUUGUCAUACGCUGCCUGCAGUGGACCACUGUCAUCGAGAGGACCUUCCACGUAGACUCUCCAGAUGAGAGGGAGGAGUGGAUGCGGGCUAUUCAGAUGGUCGCCAACAGCCUCAAGCAGCGGGGCCCGGGUGAGGACCCCAUGGACUAUAAGUGUGGCUCUCCCAGUGACCCUUCUGCGGCUGAGGAGAUGGAAGUGGCAGUUAGCAAGGCUCGGGCCAAGGUGACCAUGAAUGACUUCGACUAUCUCAAACUUCUGGGCAAGGGCACCUUUGGCAAAGUGAUUCUGGUGCGGGAAAAGGCCAGUGGCCGCUACUACGCCAUGAAGAUCCUGCGGAAGGAAGUUAUCAUUGCCAAGGAUGAAGUCGCCCACACGGUCACCGAGAGCCGCGUCCUCCAGAACACCAGGCACCCAUUCCUCACCGCCCUGAAGUACGCCUUCCAGACCCAUGACCGCUUGUGCUUCGUGAUGGAGUAUGCCAAUGGUGGUGAGCUGUUUUUCCACCUGUCCCGGGAGCGUGUCUUCACGGAGGAGCGGGCUCGCUUUUAUGGCGCAGAGAUCGUCUCUGCCCUCGAGUAUUUGCAUUCGAGGGACGUGGUAUACCGUGACAUCAAGCUGGAAAACCUCAUGCUGGACAAAGAUGGCCAUAUCAAGAUCACUGACUUCGGCCUGUGCAAAGAGGGCAUCAGUGAUGGGGCCACCAUGAAAACCUUCUGUGGGACGCCUGAGUACCUGGCACCCGAGGUGCUGGAAGACAACGACUACGGCCGCGCGGUGGACUGGUGGGGGCUGGGCGUGGUCAUGUACGAGAUGAUGUGCGGCCGCCUGCCCUUCUACAACCAGGACCACGAGCGCCUCUUCGAGCUCAUCCUCAUGGAGGAGAUCCGCUUCCCGCGCACACUCAGCCCCGAGGCCAAGUCCCUGCUUGCCGGGCUGCUUAAGAAGGACCCCAAGCAGAGGCUCGGCGGGGGGCCCAGCGACGCCAGGGAGGUCAUGGAGCACAGGUUCUUCCUCAGCGUCAGCUGGCAGGACGUGGUACAGAAGAAGCUUCUGCCACCCUUCAAGCCUCAGGUCACCUCUGAGGUUGACACCAGGUACUUUGACGACGAGUUCACUGCCCAGUCCAUCACAAUCACGCCCCCGGACCGCUAUGACAGCCUGGGCUCCCUCGAACUGGACCAGCGGACCCACUUCCCCCAGUUCUCCUACUCGGCCAGCAUCCGCGAGUGA